GCAAGCAGGCAAUGAAGUUUUUCCGUUUUUUGGCAAUAAGGCAACAAUUUGACUGUCAUCUUCAUUGGCUGUCUUAGUUUCUAUUCUCUCUUAAAUUUGUUAGGUAGAAUUAUGAGAAAUUUGCUGUUUUACGGAAUUUCGGCAGUUUUGGUUUUAGCCAGCACUGCCAUUAAAAACCACCCACAGGUCAUCCUUAAACAUGGUCCCCUCUAUGAUGGCAUCCAACUCCUUAUAGCUGAGGAAAAAUUCCAUGCCCAAUUGAUAUGGAACAGCACCCAUCGAAAAAUCCAAAAAGUUUCCCAAGAGGUUGAGCUCACGCUGAAAGACUUGCAAAGCUAUGGACAAAUCAUGGAGGAGAAGCUAAAGCAAUUAAAUGACUUGGAGCAAUAUCAGGCAUUCUUGGAGUGCUAUAUUCAGUACGAAAGACAAAUAGCUCGUUUCAAUCGUGACCUUAUCGCCAAGUAUUUGGUGUGUAAAAAAGCAGUGAACAGCAGUCUUUCCCAGCUGCGGGAUGAAAUAAAAUCAGAACUGCUUUACAUCAAAGAUGCCCCCCUCAAGGUACAGGAUUUGAAAUACAUUUGUAAUGUCACCGAUCUAAAAAGGGCCAAUGAGAAUGAUCGCUUGACAGCUGUUAGAAGCACCAUGUGCAUACUUUCAAGAAUGGGCAGCAUAAAACAACGCCAAUUGCAAGCCACUCAUAUUUGUUUGGAGGUCUUGGGCCGCAUUGUGAUUAGUGAUAUGAACCUGAAUAUGGAAGAUGCCGACAUUAUCGAUGGUGGAAUGGGUGGAUCAUAUGAUGAUAAUGUCUGCUUGGAGUUUCGCAAUUUAAAAGAUGAAUUUGAAUUGAUUUAUGAGCGCAUUGUCAGUUGUGUGUUGGAGGAAAAUAUGUAG